GCUUCCAUACUGCCCAGCUCUGGCCACGGAGGAGGAAUAACCCCGAAGGGCAGCAGGGGAAAUCGGUCCUGGCUUUGUCUGUCUUCGUUUUUCCUUUUGGUGGCAGCAGUCUGGCAUGAAGGAGAAUGAGAUGGGCUGUUUGCGGAUCUGAUCUGGAGUAGCUGCCGUCAGGGGCUGCUUUGAAAGAGAUAAUCCGAGCUGGUCCAGGGCUGCAGGAAGCCCACAAGCUGCUCGUCGGCUGGCUUGUCCCUUGCUAGUGACAGGCAGCGGCUGCAGGGGCAAUAUCCUGUGCUGCUCCUUGGGCAUCUGUGCAGGAGCCAGCGGCGGGCAGGGAGGCCCUGCACGGGCGGGAAGGCGGGCAGGAGCACAGGCAGCUGCGGUGGUCCAGGGGUGCUCAGCAUCCUCUCGCCCUGUGGUACAGCCGUGCCACCCAGGGGACCAGUGGAGAACAAAAACGAAGCAGCCAUGUCUGAGCUGGUCCCAGAGCCACGACAAAAACCAGUCGUACCAAUGAAACCCAUGGGCAUUAACGCCAACUUGCUGGGCUACAUCGGUAUAGACACCAUCAUUGAGCAGAUGCGUAAGAAAACAAUGAAGACAGGUUUUGACUUCAACAUCAUGGUUGUAGGUCAGAGUGGACUGGGAAAAUCUACAUUGGUGAACACCCUCUUCAAAUCCCAGGUGAGCCGCAAAUCUUCAGGAUGGAACCGGGAGGAGAAGAUCCCCAAGACAGUGGAGAUCAAAGCCAUUGGGCAUGUCAUUGAAGAAGGCGGUGUCAAAAUGAAGCUGACAGUGAUUGACACACCAGGAUUUGGGGACCAGAUCAACAACGAGAACUGCUGGGAGCCUAUUGAGAAAUACAUCAAUGAGCAAUAUGAAAAAUUUCUGAAAGAGGAGGUGAAUAUUGCAAGGAAGAAACGAAUUCCAGACACGCGAGUGCACUGCUGCCUCUACUUCAUCUCCCCCACAGGCCACUCCCUGCGGCCUUUGGACCUGGAGUUUAUGAAACAUCUCAGCAAAGUAGUGAACAUCAUCCCAGUUAUUGCCAAGGCUGACACCAUGACCUUGGAGGAAAAGACUGAGUUCAAACAAAGAGUACGCAAAGAGCUAGAAGUAAAUGGGAUCGAGUUUUACCCCCAGAAAGAGUUUGAUGAGGACUUGGAGGAUAAAACAGAGAACGACAAAAUCAGGCAGGAAAGCAUGCCCUUUGCAGUAGUGGGCAGCGACAAGGAAUACCAAGUGAAUGGCAAAAGAGUCCUGGGCAGGAAAACACCUUGGGGAAUCAUUGAAGUGGAAAACCUGACUCACUGUGAAUUUGCCCUACUUCGAGAUUUUGUCAUCAGGACCCACCUUCAGGACCUGAAAGAAGUGACCCACAACAUCCACUAUGAGACCUACAGGGCCAAGCGGCUGAAUGACAACGGAGGGCUGCCCCCCAUGACUGUCGAGACAGAGGAAAACCAUGAAAGUAACCUGUGAAUGACACACACACACAUCCCCACUGUCACUCAGUGUCUCUGGAUAUGACAACCCACCCCUGCUACCCUUGAGUCUACCAUGGACCCAUCUUGAAACAUGUGGUGCAUCCUCCAUGUGUGUGAGAGGAUGCGAGUGUGAGUGUGUGUGCGUGCCUACCUAUGUGCCAGAGAGUGACCCAAGGUGAGGUCUCCCUGUCCUCCCCAGAGUGUCCUCAUCCUCAGUUUGUUUUUUGCAUAGCGGACUGUCUGUCAUGUUCCUUUCUCUUGUUUCUGUGUCUCAGCUCUCUGUCGUGUCUGGGGGGAAUAGGGAUGGGGGGGAAGGAUUUCUAGGAGCAGGAGAGGUUUGGAGGUGGGAGGUGUGGGUCAUGCUGUGGUCCUGUUUUAAUCACUUGGAGACACGGCAAGGAGAGACUCCAGGAGAGAUGGUGGAGCCAGUGCUCGCAGUGUCUUCAAGUGAGGGCAGCAGAGAUUUCUCUUGGCUCCUCAGUGCGUGGGAAGGCAGCUGGUUGGGCUGAGGGCAUGGUAGCCCAGCUUUUUAAGCCCAUUUCUUGCUGUGGCUUCCCAAGGGGAAAUGGCAGCUUGGAAGUGGAUAAGCGACAGACACAUUUUGUGGUUCAGAGGAAGUGACCAGUGGGAGGAGACAGAAUUAGUUCUUGGGCUGUAGCAUCUAUUGAGAAGCAUCAAAGUGCUUGAGGAAAAUAGCUGUAUUUGAAAAAAAAAAAAGAGAAAAGCAAAA